GCUGCUCCGGACGGGGGCGAGGGCUUAGGUCGGGCUCCGACUCACCUCACCCGCAAAAGCAGUGGCCGCCCAGAAUCGAGCGGUGGCCUCGCCUGUCCUGUGUCCAGGGGGUGGUAAAGAGAUACAGAUUGAGAUUGUGCAGUGAGCAUGCAGCCUCCAGAAGAUCUAUUGCAUCGCAUAUACCCUAAACCUGGGAGCCCAGAAGCUUUUCGUAAACCUACUACUGGUUUUCACCCAGUAACUCCUAAACAGCAGCUUUGUGAGAGUACUCUCCGAACACCUAUCUACAAAAGGGACAUUCCAAGUAGAAAACAGCAAUGGAUGAAGUGGAAGGAUAGAGGUUACCAGUCAAAAAGAUUAUUGGAGGAAAGUCAGGAAGGGCCUUCCUCUGAGCCCACAGAGGAAGAACUGGCCCCUGUUUCUGAAACUGAAUCAAAACUGAAGUCUGAGUUUCUUCCUCAACCUGAGGUGCAGGAGCAGCAUCCUGAAGUCAAAGAGCCAGAGGAUGAUCUAGAGGAUGGGGCCAUACACCACAUUGUGAGACUGCGAAAUUCACUUGGCUGGGAGACAGUAUUCCCGGAAGAUGCAUCAUGUCUCAAAAUCCGUACUACUCGAUACCUUACAAUGAACCAGCUACAGCUGGAUGUAAUGACAGCAAUGGAGGGCAACGGCGAAUUUGUGUAUUGUCUCUCAAGGACUCGGAAUGACCCAAGAGCUCGCUACAAUCCUUACAAUCUACAAGUGGUUCCGGCAAAAACAGCAAAACUGUAUAAACCAUAUUGGACAAUCAGUGCAUCCCAUGUUUCCAAGAUCAACUCACUGACUGAAAAAGAUGGCAUAGAAACUGAUUCUGUAUUGGAGUGGUUGAACGAACGAUAUUUCUUCUACAAGAUUCAUGAACUGCCAAUUUUUGUGAAUUUCAGAAAAUGGAAGGCUUUCAGUGUUUGGAAGGUCAAUAUCCAUAACCUAAAGACCAGCAGCAGUAGAAUGAUUAUGGUGAAGCAGCUGUUUUUUGCCGAUGAGAUCUUUCUGCGCUGCCUUUAUUAUGUCCGGGCUUUGUGUGAAGCUGCCAGCUCAAGCAAUGGAGGUUUAGGAACAGAAGGGAGUGCCAUUGCUUUUUUGAAACUGGACAGAAGUAAUUCAUACACUUAUGAUGAUUUUGCCGAAAUCCAGAGUGAACAACGUAAAUAUGCUCUGAAUCAGCUUUGCGAUCUCAGAUACAAGAUAAUACAGUCUGUCAAGGAGGCCUGUUUGCAGAAAGCCUUGGUAGCAGGAUUUGGGAGGUUAUUCACAGCAGAACCCAACAAUUUGCAAGAGAGACCAACAUUUUCUGAGAUUGUGGAGUCAAGACCCCUCCGUGAAUUCUUCAUCAGGUUCCUGAAGCUGGUGGACUAUCUCUUCCAGGAGCUUCUCUGUCGAUUGGUGAAAACCGCAGUCCAGCUACUACUUGAAGCUCUGUCUGCUUCAUAUGCAGUGACUUCAAUAGAAGCAAGUAGGAAUGAGAAAUUGCUGAGCACACUCACACAUCAAAUGAGGGUAAACUUGGACAAACGCCUACGUAAUGUGCGGGCUCGGGCAGAGACUCCUGCUCAAAGCUACAAAGCACAGCAAGGGGCAGACACAACUGACAGGGAACCUGUCGAGCUUUCUAACCAAGGUUUAUCGGAUAUAGAUCAGGUACUCCACAAUGCUAAAGAACAUACAAAGAUGAUGAAUUUGGCACCAACGUUCAUUGUAAAUUUGAUACUCGACAUUCCAUCUAAAUAUAUAAUUCAUCCCCGAGACAGCACAAAGGCCAAAUGCCGUGCCAAAAAUAACAUGUGUAUAACAAAAUCCAGAUUAUCCUAUGACCCGCUAGAGAUUUCCAAUGUGUCUAGGAAAAUGGAUUGCUCUCUCCUGGACACCACAGAAAGUGAAAUUGACAUUCAGGAAGACAUCGAUGGGUCAGACUAUAAAAUGCCUGCUCAUUACAUCUUGGUACCUACUUCAGAAGAUCUGCUGGCACAAAUACAUAACAUGGUCGGAUUACUGGAAGAGGUUGUUGCCAAGCUGGUUGCCUUUACCGAUGAGCCCCGCUUGUCAAUGUUUAACUCGCCGUCUGUGUAUGAACUGAUGCUCUCUGGUGAUCGGGAACUGGAAGCAAAGAGGACAAAGCAACUAUCACUCAACUCCAAUAUACUCUUUGGUCAAGAUCCAGUCUACCAACAACAACUUACGGAGCUGCAAAAUUUGAUAAGUGACACCAUGAUGGAAGUAACACAGUUCAGUAAAAUGUUUGUGCAAUACUGUGUCAUGGUGGAUCAGGCCAUGGAGCUGGACCUUGAGGCUUCAUUAAAUCAGCAGGUGUGGAGCCCAUUAGAAUUCAGGAGCAUGUUAGAGGUGUACACCGAACACAUUAUGGACGUAAGAAACAUGACUGUGGAACGACGGGUCCGUUUGGUGAAGGUGGUAAGCGAACAGUACCAGGCAGAAUGUCUGCCCUAUUUGGAAGCAGUGGUCAAUGCAAUGCACAAGCACCUGAAGACGACUGCUUACAAGAAAACUGCUGGGCUGCUAAAUAUAAUUGAAGAAGCUCAGCAGAAGCUCAGCAAGGAACCAGAAACCAUUGAUCUGUUUGGAGAACACCUGAUAUUCCUUUCUCAAAUGGAGGUGGAAAUGUCCAGAUUGGAGAGAGACUUUCAAACUGUGACUCAGAUGUAUGGUAUUGCCAAUGAGUAUGAUGUCCCCAUCCCUCCUGAAGAAUUUGCCCUCUAUCAAAUCCUGGUCCCCAGCUUCCACAGCCUGAAAUCCAACCUCCUCUACUUUGAAGCCUUAAAAGACAGCAACAUCAAAAAAUUCAGUGCGGACCUGGAGAAAGACAUCAGUAACCUUUACUAUGAGUUAACACGAAUUAAAUAUAAGGUGAGAAACCCCAUCCUUCUCCAGGCCGAGACAAGCCCAGAGAAAGCCAUGGACAUCACCAAUCAUCUGAUGCUGAUAGUCUCUUCGAUUUCUGGCAAGGCACGAACCUACAGCAACUAUCAUGAUCGCUUCUGCAGCAUGAGCACCCCAGAGAGCUCCAUCAGCAUCUCUUUAGGGGUGAUGCAGAAGAGGUUGGGAGUGAUGAACCGCCAGUCACUGAAAGCACUGUUGUCUGAGACCGAGUAUGAGUUGAUGUUGAGGAAGCUGCUGUGGGAAUCUGAGGUUGAAUGGCAGAAGCUGUACACCAGCUGGACUAACACCUUAUUUGAUGAAUUGAAUAUAGAUGCGAUUCGAAAGGACGUCAACAGAUUCACACAGACAAUACACCUGCUGGAAAAAGGAUUGCCAACAAAUAAUAUAGUUCCUCUUCUGAAGCAGGCAGUAUUUGACUUCAAGGAGAUGCUACCAGUUAUUGUGGCCUUGAGGAACCCUUGGCUGGAUUCCAAGCACUGGGAAAGCAUUGAAUACGCAAUUGGGCGCUCAAUCAAGGAUAAAAACCUCAUGCUGGGGAACUUCAUGAAGCUCAGGGUGUUCCAGCAUAAGGAGAUGAUUGUUAAUAUCUCCAGUUUAGCCACCAAUGAAGGCACUCUGAGAAACAUGCUGGAAAAAGUCAUUAACCAAUGGAAUCAAACCAGCUUCAAACUGGUGAGCCACCAGUUCGAGACCUUCAACGUUCUGAUCAUCGGGUCAACUGAAGAGAUCAUUGCUCAGCUGGAAGAGAGUCAAAACAUCAUCUCCACCAUUAAGAGCUCCCGCUAUGUGGGACCUAUUGAGAAUGAGGUGAUUGAGUGGGACCGUAAACUCACCCAGUUGGCACUAACUUUAGAAGAGUGGAUGACCUGUCAGCGAAACUGGCUCUACCUCAAGCCCAUCUUUCAAGCACCUGACAUCCAAAGGCAACUUGUAGCAGAGACCAAACUCUUUGGCCAAAUUGAAGUGACGUGGAAUGAAUUGGUGGUGCGAAUUCAGAAGAACUCGAAUAUCUUGAAGGUUACAACCUCACAAGGGAUCGUUGAGCUCUUGCAGGCCACCAAUGCUAACCUGGAUCAGAUACUGAAGCACCUGGAGGAUUACUUGGAAGCCAAGCGGAUUGCUUUCCCACGUUUCUACUUCCUCAGCAACAAUGACCUGCUGGAUAUCCUGUCUCGGAGCAGAAAUCUUGAUGCCAUAAAGCCUUACUUAGCCAAAUGCUUUGAAAACAUCAGGAGUUUGGAAAUCAGUCAGUCUACCAGACCUGCUGUUGUGUUAAUGAUCAAGUCUGCAGAAAAUGAAAGUCUGCCCAUGCCAAGGAAUGUUCGGAUACGGGGUCCUAUCGAAAGCUGGCUGGGAAACGUGGAAACUGCGAUGUUCGAGGCUGUGAGGAAGCAGCUCCAAAUCGGAAUAACCAACUGGGAGACAACACAUUUCAAAAAGUGGGUUCUGACUCAUCCAGGGCAGGUGGUCCUCACUGUGAGCCAGAUAUUGUUCAACCAGGAUUGUAUGCACUGCUUCAGUGGAACCCAGCCACAAAGCCAGUUGCAGGAUGUCCACCUGGAGAUGAUGAACAGACUUGAUAUGUUGGCUGAGCUGGUGUGUGGGCCUCUGUAUGCCUCCCAGGGGAUGGUGCUGGAGAGUCUGGUGACCAUCAACGUGCACUGUCGCGACUUGCUGAGUGACUUGAUACGCAAGAAAGUCUUCAAAGCGGAGGAUUUUGAGUGGAGCAGGCAAUUGCGUUAUGAAUGGAACACGCAGAACAGCUCUUGCUACGUCAUGCAGGCCAAAAGUUCCUUCGUCUACGGCUAUGAGUAUCUUGGCUGUUCACCUCGAUUAGUGAUCACACCGCUGACUGUCCGUUGCUGGCUUACUCUGACUGGAGCCCUGCACUUGAACCUCGGAGGCUUGCCAGCAGGGCCAUCAGGGACAGGCAAAACAGCAACUGUCAAAGACCUUGCUAAAGCCCUGGGAAAGCACUGUGUUGUCUUCAACUGUUCCAAAGGCCUGGAUUAUAAGAUGAUGGGCAAAUUGUUCUCUGGAAUGGCUCAGUCUGGGACAUGGAUCUGCUUCGACGAGUUUAAUCGGAUUGACGUGGAAGUCUUGUCUGUAAUUGCCUCACAGAUCCAGACAAUUAAGGCAGCCAAGGACAGUGAAGUGCUGAAGUUUGUAUUUGGAGACAGAGAGAUUCGGCUGAAUAUGUCCUGUGGUUUCUUUGCCACUAUAAACCCUAGGUAUGAAGGUCGUGUUGAAUUGCCAGACAACCUAAAAUCCCUGUUCCGACCAGUUGCCAUGAUGGUACCUGACUCCAAGCUCAUUGCUGAAAUUACGCUCUACUCUGCGGGCUUUAAGUCAGCUAGAUCUCUCUCUGGAAAGGUCAUCAAUCUCUACGAGUUGGCCAGCAAGCAGCUUUCCCAUCAGGACCAUUAUGACUUUGGAAUGCGAUCCAUAAAGUCUGUGUUACUGAUGGCAGGGCAGAAAAAGAGAGCUUUGUGGAUGAAAGAUGCAAAGACGUCCCUGAACCAUGCCGAUGAAUCACAUAUUCUCAUCAAUGCGCUGAAAGAUGCAAAUCUGACCAAGUUCCUGGCUGAAGACGUGACCUUGUUUGAAAACAUUCUGGAUGACAUAUUCCCAGGACUGACUCCACCCAAAGACGAAACCCUUCUGCUGCAGAGAGCAAUAAAUAUUGCAACAAUCGAUCUGGGCUUCCAGAAAUGGCCAAGUCAAGAGGAGAAGAUAAUCCAACUGUACAGUCAGAUUCUGGUGCGUCAUGGUGUGAUGUUGGUGGGCCCCUCCUGCGGGGGUAAGACGGUAGCCAGAACAAUCCUACAGAAGGCCCUUGUCAUUCUCCCAGGCCUUGUUCACGAAUCUAUGAAUGAUAGGAGACGAUCUUCGGGUUUCCACGCUAAGAGAGGCAAAGUGGAAACCUUCACCUUGAAUCCCAAGUCCAUCAGCCUCAGGGAGCUCUUUGGGUAUCUGAACCCACACAACAUGACCUGGACUGAUGGGUUGCUGGCUCAAGCAAUGCGCAAGUUCGCCAAGGACCUCGAGCACGAGCUUGACCAUGAUUCUGAGGUGAAGAUAAUUUCCUCUAGCUUCAUUAACAUUGAGAGAAGCUGGAUUGAACUCCAAGAUCAGAAGAAUCUGGAGAGCGAAGAUAUGACGCUGAUAACCAAUUGGCGGUGGAUCAUUAUGGAUGGCCCGGUGGACACGGUUUGGAUUGAAAACCUCAACACGGUGCUGGAUGAUACAAAGAUUCUUUGCCUGUCUAACGGGGAGCGCAUCGGUGUGCCGCCUAGCAUGAGGCUCCUGUUUGAGGUGGACAGCCUUUCCCAAGCCAGCCCUGCCACAAUUAGCAGGUGCGCCAUGGUCUAUAUGGACCCACAUGAUCUUGGCUGGAGACCAUAUGUGAAGACCUGGCUGGCAAAUCUCCCCAGCAAGCUGCCUCGAAGUAGCAGGGAAUUCUUGCAGGUGCUCUUCAACAAAAGCAUGACGGAAGGUCUGCAGUUUGUGAGGAAAUGGCAGAAAAUGUGCCAAUUUGGCAUUCCGGAGCUGGGCAUCGUGAUGACUCUUUGCCGCAUUCUCCAAGCGUUUCUGGACUUUAUGAGCACGAACGGCGGAUUUGGAAUUGGUGAUGACCAACACCCACUGACAGGCCUUUGUAUAUCCUGCUUGUUACCUCCUCAAAAAACUCCAAACAGAUCUUCCUCAAUCUCUACAUCUACCUCCUUCAGAACCCUAGGGCCUACAAAGUGGUUUAUACAGCAACAACCGCAACAGCUGCCUGCACUGCUGGUAAAGCUCUACGCCUUCGCCUUUAUUUGGGCGGUCGGUGGCUGCUUGAAACAUGAGGAUGAAUACGACGAGGAUGACCUGAUCGGAGUCAGCGUCCAAAGCAAAGACGACAUGGUUCACAAGCUCACAGUGGAAUUCAACACUUUCGUCCAAAAGAUGUUCGAGGGGAAAACACCACUAUCGGUUCAAUUUCCAACUGAGAAGCCCACUGUCUUUGAAUACUUUGUGGAUAUGCAAACUGGGAAAUUUGAAGCCUGGGCCAAAUUAGUUCCAUCUACUCAGACGCUUAUUACAAAAGGAGUGCAGUUAGCAGGACUUGUUGAUCCAAUAAUUUCCGGACCUCCUAAAUCGAAGCCAAAUAUUCAAGAAGGUCUUGUGCGUACAGUAGACAGCGUACGGUAUUCCUUCCUGGUCAGUCUGCUGCUGGUCAAUAAAUACCCCGUAUUGCUGACAGGUGAACCUGGCAACGGGAAGUCUUCUCUUCUUCAGGAAAUGCUUUCCAAGCUGGAGAAAUCCAAAGGCUCGUCAAUCCAAUCGGAGUCCAUCCUGAACGACGUCUUCCUUUACAAUGAGAUGAAACAUGACAGCCUGGUGCCACGUUUCACCCAGAUGAUGGAGGGCUUCAACAGGGAAAUAGACAAGGGCACAACCUGCACUGACGGAGUUUGCAGCGGGCCACGUUUUGAUUUGAGCAAGAAGUACAGUGCUCAAGCCGACACCACGUUCAGCCGUGACAUCAAGGAGAUGAUGAUUGCCAGCAUACUGAUGAGCACUCAGACCACUUCAGCUCAAAUCCAGGCUCACAUCUUGAAUACCCUGAUGAAGAGAAUCAGAAACAAGCGAAGCAUAGAGAAGACCAGAAAGGUGAUUAUCUUUGUUGAUGACCUGAACAUGCCAGCCGUUGAGCAGUAUGGAGCCCAACCACCACUAGAGCUGAUCCGGCAGUUCCUGGACCUGGGUGGAUUCUUCGACGUUACAAAUCUCAAAUGGCUGCACGUGGAUGAUGUGACCCUGUUGGCAGCCUGCGCUCCCCCGGGCGGUGCACGAAGCCAGCUCAGCCAACGUCUGCUCAAACACUUCUGCAUCUUCACUCUGCCUCAGCCCUCAACCAAGUCCCUACAGCACAUCUUCCAGGUUAAACUUGGCCGUUUUCUGGAGGGCCACAACUUCUUGCCUGUUGUCCGGAAUUGCAGGUAUCAGCUAGUGACCGCCGCAAUUAGCAUUUAUUACAAAAUGUCUCGGCACAUGCUGCCCACGCCAAUCAAUCCCCAUUACACGUUCAAUCUGCGAGACCUAACGAAGGUGAUCAAUGGCCUACUCAGAGCUGACAAGACCGACAUAGUGUCUAAAAACAGGGUAGUCAUUCUGUUUGCCCAUGAGCUGACCAGAGUAUUCCACGACCGGCUCAGUAACAAGAAAGACAGGCAGAUGUUUUAUACUUUCCUCGCGGAUGACCUCCAUAACUACUUCAAGAGCAAGUGGAGCCCUGCCGAGCUGAUUGGCAGCUGCUUUCUCUUUGGCGAUUUCAUGGAGUUCCUAGUUCCAAGCAAAGCUAGAGUCUACCGUCGAAUUAUGGACAUGAAGAACUUGGAAAAUGUCUUGGAGCAAUACCACCUGAGGCACAACACAGGAAACAUGAAGGCCACCAUGCCCGUGUUUUUCGAAGAGGCAGUGGAGCACAUUGUCAGGGCUGCUCGAGUCUUCAGCCUGCCGGGUGGACACCUCAUGAUGGUUGGCUUGGACAGUACUGGCAAGGUAACCACUUCCACCCUGGCCUGUCACAUUGCAGACUGUGAGCUCUACACACUCACCAUCAGGCACAACUCCAGCCACAGUGACUUCCGGGAGGAUCUGAAGCAAGUCUUCAAGAAGACAGGUGUUUUUGGAAUUAGGACCGUCUUCCAGCUGACCGAUUCCGACUACCUCCAGGAGGCAUUCCUGGAGGAUCUGAACUGCAUGGUGAAUUCGGGCCAGGUGCCGGGCCUCUUUGACAACGAGGAGAUGAACAACAUCAUCAUGGAGCUGAAGAACCAUGAGAAGGAAGGCAACAUCCCUGACAACAAGGAGGCUCUGGUCAACUUUUUCCUGCAGCGUGUACAGGAGAAGUUGCACAUCGCACUGGCUUUGAGUGCGGCUGGCUCGAUGUUCCGCCUGCGCUGUCGGAUGAACCCCUCCCUCAUCAACUGCUGCACAAUCGACUGGUUUAACCAAUGGCCCAAGGAAGCUCAGCUGAAGGUGGCCAAUAUUUACUUCUCCCAAGUGGAGUUCGAGGAGGUAUGACUCCGACCUGUCUGCGAAAAAGUGGUCUAUAGUUGCGUUGACAUUCACAACAGCGUUUCGGUUGCUUUAGAAAAGCUGUGGCAGCAAAAGAGAAAGCGCUAUUACAUCACCCCCAGCAAGUACAUGGAACUGAUACGCACUUUCUCCAAACUGCUUGCAUCCAAGAAGAAAGACAUAUUCAACUCAAGAAACCGUUUUGCCAAUGGUCUGCAGAAACUUUCAGAGGCCAGUUCGAUGAUUGGGGUGAUGCAGGAGGAGUUGGUGCCGCUUGGAAAACAGAUCGAGCAGAAAACUGAGGAAAUUGACCAGUUGAUGAGCAAACUUCAUGAAGACACCGCUGCCGUGGAGGAAGUUCGAGAUAUAGUCAAACAAGAAGAGGAGACCAUGACUGAGGAGACACGAGUUGUGCAGGAUUAUGCUGAGCAAGCCAGCAGCGAGCUGAACACCGUUCUUCCCAUCCUGGCCCAGGCCACCAGUGCACUCCAAGCCCUUGACAAGAGCGACAUUUCAGAGAUCAGGGUUUACAUCAACCCACCCAUGCUAGUCCUGACUGUGAUGAAUGCUGUGUGCGUGCUGCUGCAGAAACCACCCCAGUGGGCAACAGCUAAAGUGAUGCUCGGCGAUCCCUCCUUCCUGAAACACCUAUUGAACCUGGACAAGGACACAUUACCUGAGAAGGUCUUCGCGAAGCUAAAGAUUUAUUCAAAACAGCCUGAUUUCAACCCUGCGAGGGUGGGCCUCGUGUCAACCGCCUGCCGCUCCCUGUGCCAGUGGGUGCUGGCAUUGGAGCACUAUCACGAAAUCCGCAAGUCAGUUGAGCCGAAGCAGCAAAACGUGAUGGUUGCCCAGGAGGCUCUUGUGAUCGCCAGGAGCAAUCUUCGAGAGAAGAACAUUGCCCUGAACCUGAUCGAGGAUCACCAGCGGUCUCUGCAACAGUCCUUCAAUGAAGCUGUGGAGCAGCAGGCAGCUUUGGCUACCCGCAAGCUGCAGACUACCAACAGACUGUCACGGGCAUCGCUCUUGAUCACUGCCCUCGCCAGUGAGAAGAUCCGCUGGAAGGAGUGCAUCGACGACUUGGACCGCAACCUGUUGGCACUAGUGGGCGACAUCCUGCUCUCAGCUGCAUGUAUCACAUACUACGGCCCCUUUCCUGCCGACUACAGGCAGAGCCUGUUGAAACAAUGGAAAAGCCUCUGCACUGACAUCCAGAUCCCAAUCUCAAUUAACUACGCAUUGAUUCCAGCAGUACUCGAAAAGAACGAGGUUCGCAAUUUGCAGAACGUGGGUCUGCCUCCGGAUAACCAUUCGACUGAGAACGCUAUCCUGGUGAAGAUGGGCGAAUACUGGCCCUUACUCAUUGACCCUCAAGGACAGGCUGUUAAAUGGAUUAAGAAGAUGGAAGGCGAGGAACUGUUCAUUCUCCUGGCUACCAACCCCAACUACAUGAACUCAGUGGUGACUGCCAUGCAAAUGGGACAUCCAGUCCUGCUGCAUGAUGUAACGGAGCAACUGGAUCCUGGUCUGAGGCCGAUUCUCCUGCGGGAUAUUUCUACUCGAGAUGGUCAUGACUUCAUCAAGAUUGGCAACACGGAAGUAGAGUACAACUCCAACUUCAGGCUGUACAUGACCACCCGGAUGUCCAAACCAAACUACCUGCCAGCCGUCUGCAUUCUGGUCACAAUGAUCAACUUCACAGCCACGUUCGAGGGGCUCCAGGAGCAGCUGCUGUCCAGGGUGGUGAAGGGGCAGCACCCCGAGGUGGAGCAUCAGCUCAGCCAGCUGUUGCAGAGCAUUGCCAGCGACCUGUGCACCCUGAGGGACCUGGAGAACAGGUCACUCUCCUUGCUACAGAAAACCGAGGGGCAUAUUUUGGAUGACCAGGACCUCAUUGAUACCCUUCAGCAGUCAAAAGAUAUGUCCAAAGAGAUAAAACUUCGCAUCAGUGCCUCGGAGGAGAACGAGAAGAAAAUUACGGCAGCUUGUAAGAAGUACCUGCCCAUGGCCACACGUGGAUCUAUUUUGUUCUUUGUGAUAGAUGAGUUGUCGCAGCUGAACUGCAUGUACCAGUUCUCUCUGCACUGGUUUAUGAAGUUAUUUACCCAGUCUGUGGGUGACAUUCACAAGCCACACACCAGGACACCGGUGACCAGCUUCAUAAAAUCGGCCUCUGCUUUACAACAGUCCUCUGCUGGGCUCAGAACCGUUUCCACCAAAACCAUCCUGCACACCGGUUUCAACUCCUUCUUACAGAACAUGAUGACAACACUUACUGAGAACGUUUACAGGCUGCUCUGGUAUGCAAUCUUCACGGAACACCAGCUCUGCCUCUCCUUCAUGCUGUGCACCAGCAUCAUGCGGAUGAACAAGACAUGGGAUGGUGGCAUUGGCUCAAUGGGCAUGCUUCCAGAAGUCGAGUGGCAAAUUUUCCUCCAUUCGGAAGUGCUGGCGAAUGUGGGAAACAAGAAGACAUCCCUAGGCAAUCAGAGUGAUGCAGACGACAAGUGGUUUAAGCAAGGUCCUAAUGCUCAGUGGAUGACUGAAGCCAUGUGGAAUCAGUGUCUGUACAUCAAUACUCAUCUGAGCCCCUUCACGCUCCUCUGUCCAUCCCUCAACACCAACCCUGAACAGUGGGACAGCUUCCGCCAAUCUGAGGAUCUCAACCACUUCAUGAGAACAUAUUUCCACCAACAGGGGCUGUUAUCAGAGCUAGACGUUAGUUUACAAGAAAGUGGCACUGAAUCACACAAUACGCUGGAGAAUCAGGACAGCGAAACUGAGGGCACAGUCUUUCCAUGGGAAAAUCUAAGUGCAUUCCAGAAGCUGAUAUUGAUCAAGAUCCUGAGGCCGGAGUGUUUGACCGCUGCUGUGAACGGGUUUGUUGAGGUUAAGCUGGGCCCUGACUUCCUCCCUAGCCCGGCUGUUUUCCUCAAUGAUGCGUUCAGUGAAACCGAUGCCUCCACCCCAUUGAUCUUUUUGCUGUCACCAGGCACUGAUCCCAUUGUCCAAGUGCUGCGGUUUGCCAAGGAACUGCGGGGAAGCGCAACCCAUCUGGACAUCGUGUCUCUGGGCCAGGGGCAGGGACGGGUGGCUGAGGAGCUGAUCCAAAGGGCUCAGGUGCAGAAGGGGCGCUGGAUCUUCUUGCAGAACUGCCACCUGGCUGCUUCCUUCAUGCCGAAGCUGCAGGCCAUCAUAGAAUCGUUCCAAGAGCCAGGUGUGAUUCUGGAUCAUAACUUCAGGCUCUUCCUGAGCUGCAAAUCAGACCCGGCAUUUCCCAUCUCCAUUCUCCACGCUGGAAUGAAGGUCACCAUUGAGCCACCAAAAGGCCUCAAAAACAAACUGUUGACAGCCUUCGGAACCAGUGGCUUGGGGGAAAUCACAGAAAGGAUCUACAGGAAAGAAGACUCGAAUCUGGGCUGGAGAAGACUGCUGUUCAGCCUCUGCCUCUUCAAUGCCGUGAUCCAGGAAAGGAACAAGUAUGACGCGCUGGGCUGGAACCUCCCGUACGAGUUCACCUCCUCUGAUUUGGAGGUGGCCAUUCUGAAUCUGGAGAUACUACUCCAGGGUGAAACAGAGAUCCCGUGGAUAGCCCUACGUUACCUGAUCGGGGAGGUGGUAUACGGAGGCCGUGUCACUGACUACUGGGAUCGCCGGUGCCUCAAUGGCAUGCUCAGCAGGUUCUAUAGACCAGCCAUCAUGGAGGAAAACUUCAGCUUCUCCACCGACCAGGUUUACACGAUCAUCACAGAGGACAUGAGCCUGCCCGAGUGCAUAGAGUACAUGGAAUCACUGCCCACCACUGACACUGCGGACAUGUUUGGCAUGCACUCCAACGCCGAGAAGGCUUAUCUAGAGAGCCAGGCUAAGGAGUUCAUGGCCACCGUCAAGAGCACAGAGCCCAGGCUUAGCAGUGAUGUGCACGCUUUCAGACCAGACUGUUUCCAGACUCUGCUUGUUAUUUUUAGAGAGCAUCGUACCCAGGAUGAAAUAGUGUUGGAGAAAGCAGAAGGAAUCCUUAGGAGGCUCCGUAAGACGGUGGAGGGUAUUGAUGGAUCAGAGAGCAAUGUCAUGGACCUAGCUCAGUUGCUGGGAUCUCCCAACUGGGCAGCAUACAUGGAGUCUGUCAAAGGGUUUGAUGGUUUGGCAAACUCGGCACUGCUGACAGUCUUGCGGCAUGAGAUCGGAUGCUUCAACCAGCUGCUGCAGGUGAUUAGAUCCUCACUGCGAUCCCUGUGUCAAGGGGUGAAGGGAAAGAUCAUUCUAACCGAAACUCUGGACGAGAUAUACAACUCCUUCCUCAACAUGAGGAUGCCGAAGCUUUGGCAGCUCCAUUCAUACGACUCAUGCAAGCCUCUUGGCUCAUGGAUUGAUAACUUUAUUGACCGUGUGAACUUCUUCAAGAACUGGUCAGCACAGUUUGUGGCAGGCGCUCAGCACAGAAUUGACAAGAAUGCAUCCCAGAGGAGGCCAACACGGCAGAUCUGCGAUGUGAACCCAUCUGCCUUCUGGCUCUCAGCAUUCUUCUUUCCACAGGGGUUCUUGACGGCUGUGUUACAGAACCACGCCCGCAAGCACGGCAUGUCUGUGGAUUCCAUCAACUUCCAUUUCCACAUCCUGCCUUUAAAUGAGAAUACUGAGGAUUAUCUGAGCACGAUGUGUCACUUCACUAUCGGGACCGACAACUUUCAGUUCUUCACUAUAACGGGAUUAACGGGAUUGAUGCAUACUGUUCUGCACAGUUGCCUUCAAGUGUUGUUCUGCAUGCAGGGCAGUGAUGCUCCAGUAGAGGGGGCUGUGUUAUUUGGACUUUACUUGGACGGUGCUUGUUGGGAUCCCAAUGCAAAGACUCUGAAGGACUCCGAAGUUGGCCAAAGGUUCAGCAGCGUUCCUCCAGUCCACUUCCUGCCGGUCAAGAUUGGCAACCAAGAGGAAUGGUUUGAGGAAGUGGAGCACUCCCAGUUGGAGGAGCAUCGUUACGAGUGUCCCCUCUACAGGACCUCUCGGCGAACGGGUUCCAUCACCACCACUGGCUUCUCCUCCAACUUUGUAAUCGCCAUUGACCUUCCCACUGUGCUGCCGGCAGAUCACUGGGUGUUGCGGGGGGUGGCCCUCCUCUGCCAGCUGGAUGACUGACCCUUCCCUCCAAAGGGAGAAAACCCAAGCGUGAUUCCAAGUUUAUCUAUCUCAAUCAGUGCCCAAUCCCAUGAUCCCGACCACAUUGGUCUGUUUAUUCAAUCUCUGUUUCCGCUAGCUUUCCAAUAUCCCGUUGAUUCCCAAUAUAUUCCUGCCCAGGAUUUCAUCAUCUCCUCUCGUGUUGUAGGAAUAUUGAUAUUGUUUCCAUAACUCAAACUGUGCCCCUCAACUGGGAAGUUGCCUGCAGGACAGCCCAAGGGUCGGAGAUGGUGUUGUCUGUGCCUUUCAGUGCUCUGGCACUGAUUCAUGUCUCAGGAGUCUUCUCAAGCAGUUUGCCUGAAUGUUGUUAUUUUCAUGGAAGUGGUCAAUUAAUUAUCCAAUGUUAUCUUAAUUAAACAAUAUGAUUGUUUUG